GAAGUUCAAAACAAAACGUGUGGAUUUUUUGAAGAAGAGUCACAUUUAGGUAUAAAUCUACAGUAACUUACUGUUACGUUCAACAUGGACAUGACUAGAGGAACUCCAAUGCCACCUGCGGAACCGGAUCCAGCUAUGGACGACCUUCUUACGGAGGAGGCUAUUCUGAAUGAACAGAACAUGACAGAAGUUCCUGGCUCAGACGAAAACAUCCCCCAGCCGACUGCCUCUCCGGUGGAGCCUGAGUACCCGAGCAGACCCUCUGGUGAUGGUGAGGACAUCACUGACUCCACCCACCCUGCAGACGGCAUCCAGCGAGCCAGUGUCCGAGGCAGCAUUGCCAGUCUCCGAAGCAAUCAAGGUGGCACUCGUUCCAGUGUGGGUGACAUUGCGGAUCCUGGCAUUUCUGGCAGCAUGGCCAGUCUACGAGAGGAUCCCCAUGCUGCGGGUGACUCGCACAGUAUGCGUGGAAGCAAAGUCAGUCUGAGAGGGGAUCCUGGCGCCCCAGCCAGUAUCCGUGGCAGUACAACCAGCAUAAGGGGCGAUCAGACUGCUGCUGAUAGUAUCAGGGACAGUACAACCAGUCUGCAUGGAGAUGCGACCGAGUCUGCCAGCGUUCGUGGCAGUACAGCCAGCCUGCGUGGUGACCCAGCCGCCCCUGGCAGUGUUCGCGGCAGCACGGCCAGCUUACGUGGUGACCCAGCCGUCCCUGGAAGUGUUCGCGGCAGCACGGCUAGUCUUAGGGGCGAUCCAUCCGCCCCUGCGAGUGUCCGUGGCAGCACAGCCAGCCUGAGGGGCGGUGGGGACAAGCCGACAGCACCACUCAGCCGACCGCCCACCUCCCGUCCGCCUCCGUCGGCCGUUGGUGCGCGCACCGCGGACUCCGCGAUCAGAGCAAAUAAAAUGGCCUUGAAGAGUAGGAAGAAUUCGGAAGAUACCGAAAAUAACAAGCUCACAGAAGAAGCAGAGGAAGAAUUUCAAGGUGACAACAUCUGGGUGAUAGCCGAGAAGAUGAACCAGGCGCGCAUCUUGCGUGGGCUGGAGCUGACAGAGAGUCACAGCGUGGAGUCGACGCUGCUGUUUGUCGGCGGAAAACAGGCGGGAAAGUCGCGACUGAUUCACAAGUUUCUGGACCGGGAUGAAGAACCAAAGAAGACGCUGGGCUUGGAAUACUCGUACGGCCGCAAAACGGGAAAGAGCGUGCUGAAGGACGUGUGUCACAUCUGGGAGCUGGGCGGCGGCACCACCUACACGCCGCUGCUGGAGACGCCGCUGAAGGCCGAGAGGCUGCCCAACCUCAGCAUCCUGUUGGUGGUCGACCUCACCAAGCCGCAGACCAUGUGGGCCACCCUGGAGACCAUGAUCAAGACACUGCGCGAUGUACUAGAUUCCGAGAUAUCCAGCGGCAUCGGUCGGCAGAUGCAGCUCGAGGAACGACUGAAAAAGGCCACAGAGCUACGCGUGCCGUCCGACCAUCCGGACGCGGCGCACAUGAAGCCGUUCCCUGUACCGCUGGUGCUGGUCGGAGGUCACUACGACGUAUUUCAGGACUGGGACCCUGAGAAAAAGAAGCUCAUUUGUCGCUCGCUGCGCUACUUGGCACACGUCAACGGAGCCUCGCUCUACUUCUUCUCGUCUCAGGACUCGGCGCUGGUGAAGAAGGCAAAGGACAUGAUGAACCAGAUGGCGUUCGGCGGUCCGGCCAGCGGGUACCUGGCACAGGACUAUAACAAGCCUCUGCUAGUGCCUGCCGGCACCGACUCACUGGCCGGAAUUCUUGGAGUCGGAGCCGAUCCCAGCUACAACACGGCCAAAAAUACGUUCACGGCUCAAUACCCGCAGGACAGUCAGGGUGCGGGAGCCCUGCCGGACGAUCCAGCUAAGGACAUGAACUACCGAGAGCCCGAGAUCGACCAGCUGCGGUCACAGAAGGAUCAGGAACUGGAGCGACUCCGAAGGGAGCUAGAGCGUCGCCGACGCUGGGGAGAUGAGCUGUGAGCUAUGAGCUACGAGCACUGAGCUACGAGUUCUGAGGUGCGAGCUCUGAGCUGCGGCAGCUCGACUAGCCUCCGGGAAUUUGGAAACUGGAUCAACAAGUUUAGGUCUCAUUAACCGAUUCGCGGUGGCAUCGGUAACGCUUGGCCGCCUGUUGACGGCGUCAGCGGCUAGUCAUUCUAUGCUGAACUCGUCACAGCCUCUCCCAGAACACGCUCUGUGCGAAUAUCUGUGGUCGAUAUCUUAGACAGCACGGGAACACAUUAAAUAUUCGAGUCUGGGGUUAUGUCCACUUUAACGCACAUCUCGCACACACUGUGAUAUUGUCCAAUGCACUGUGAUAUUGGUACUUGUCAGCCGUCCAUGAUCUCAGCUAGAGUGGUAUAGGAUUUAUUUCCACACGCUGCUUGCUAUCAGUAAUGCACAUAGCUAGGACCGCUUGUCUCUAUUAUGGAUUGCGUGCUAAGAGCCCUUGAAUCCUCGCGUGCUCGUAAUCUAUUCAUGAUGAUCCGUCCAUGAUUCUUUGAUCUCUCGUGCAUCAUUUAUUGCGUUAUUAACGGGUGUCAAGUCCAAAAUGAGACAAAAUUGAAAUCGCUCUAUUUUCAACCUCCCUUUAGAUAUUCACCUGAAAUUUGGACAGAAUGUCCAUACGUGAAUUGUGCGAGCAUGAUGUUAAAAUAUUGUGGCUACGUAUUGAGGUCAGUCGUCAUGGAGCCUUUGAGCAAGCAAGCCGCAAGAGACAUUGUCGCGAGAGUAGUUGACAAAACUCGAACUUGACUAAGGCUCAGGUUUUCCGCCACGUUAAGUCGCUUGGUAUUCCACGAUCAACUGAUAUAUCGCGUUAUCAAUACAUUCCUAGACAAAGGACACAUACGACGAGCUCAGAAUGGCAGGCCUGCUCCCAAAAUGUCAGCAAAGAGGCGCCAAGGCCUUGUUCGCAUGGCAGACGGCAAAGUCGGCGUCUCACUUCGUCUCUUAGGCCGCAGCUUUGGCAUAACGCAUGACAGAGUGAGACAAAUUCUCAGAGAGGAAAGGGUAAGAUAUAGGAUGCGCCAGAAAGCUCCUCCGGUAUCUGCUCAGCGAGAACAAUCUCAAAAGGGCCGCCUGCGACCCCUUAGCCGGGGAAAACUGAGUGCCACUCGAGAGCAAGAUGUCAUCAUGGACGAUGAAAGCUACUUCACCUACACUGGCUCAGAAAUGCCACAAAACCGUGGUUUUUACGCUGGGCCUGGUGGAGACACACCUUCGAAUGUGACGUACCGCCCGAUAAGGAAGUUCCCACGUACGCUUCUUGUGUGGAUAGCCAUAUCACUCAAGGGAGUACCAAAACCAACGAUUGGCCCCAGUUCAACAAAUGUUAGCGCCCAUGUCUACAUCACAAAGUGCCUGAACAGCAACCUCAAACCGUUCAUCGGGGCCAGCUACCGAAAGGGUGGAUAGGCAUUUUGGCUAGACUUGGCUUCAGCUCAUUAUGCACGUGCCACGUGCCAGUUUCUGAAGGAAGCUGGCAUACCUGAUAUUUAAUCCGCGAGGAAAACCCGCCGAAUGUCCCGCAGCUGGGACCAAUUGAGGACUUCUUGGGCAUACUUAAACAAGAAGUCUACCGCGUUGGCUGGACAGCGUCAUCCGAUCAGCAGCUGCGUGCCAGAAUCCUGAGCAGCAUCAAGAAAAUUGUCCCGGAGGUGCCGCGAUCGAUGAUGAAGAUAGCGGGAGAGCACGUGCGUCUGGCAGACAGGCAUGGACCCCUGGUUCCGAUUCACUAGUACCAGUGGACUGGCGACAGAACAAGGUGUAUGUGGUGAAGGUUUCGUUAAAAUAUCUUAUAAUACACAGUGUCUACCUUAAUUUUGCGUUUGUCCCAUUUUGAACUUGACACCCGUUACGUAUUGAGAUCGCUGUGUUAUCAGAGAAUUGGUUAUACCGUUUUUGUGAUGCUAGGUCAUAUUUUUUUCUCGUUAGUGAUUUCAGGCACACGAUGGCUCCGUGCUCCAAACUGCCACAAAUGCUUACAGCCUCGCUUGUGACCCAAAUGUAUCGCACUCUUAAAACUGAAAUACUCAUGAAGAAUCUGACUCCUGAGUCAGCUCGCUAACAUAACCGUCAAUUAAGCUCUCAAAGCUCAAGCAAAACACGCCCGCUCUCGCUACAUCCGUGACGCGUGAGUCGCCUAAAACACACCGUUUGUUUGUGAGCUGCCUGCCUCCCCACACUCCACUGUUGUCUGUGUGUGUGAGUGAGCUCUCUGCUCCCUGCGACAGAGCGGCUCUGUUCAGUCCCCGCAGAGGCCUGCCAAUGCGGAUGCCGAGUCCGGGAGACGAGCGUAUCGCGCGGCACGCUUUAAUAAACCGCGCUGGGGGAGGUUGAAUGGUAGCUUUCUUCUCUCUGAAGUCUUAAGUCUGUUGGCGAAGUUGUUGUUGUUCUGCUUCUUCAAAGUUUAGCUCUACUUUCAUACGCUUUCUUUUUUACCGUAUAAAUGCCUUUUUUGUUUAUUAUGAUUUUGUGCAUUUCCAGCCAAUGCAGUGUCUACAGUCAUACUACGACAACCACUAUAAGACACACAAAAACAUCGGAAUGGUUAGAACUGAACGUCGUGGCAACCACUUAUGUCUAUUUUGCCUCCCCUACUGUAUCGUGUAUCCUGGUCCACUCUAAUAUUCGUUCGACCGACCGCCGCGUUCGUCACCCGCACACUCUGAUAAAUCGCCACCACUGCCGUCCCCUCACGGCGCGAAAUUGCCGCUCCGGUCCCGUCGCCUAUGACGAGCGGCUCCGUCCAGCUAACGGCGUGUCUUACAUUACCUGCCGGGACUUGGCGGCCGAAAAUGACACGGUCAGGGGUGACGUGAGUUAUAGACCGAUUUGUUUUACUGGGGUGCUGUGUUGUUAUUGCGGUUGUGUGUGCUGUACUGUGUUAUAUGUUUGCAUCACGUGCUAUUUUGCGAUAUACCUCGGUGUUAUUUGUGCUGCGUUUUAUCGAUCUUUAAAGCGUACAUCUAUUGUGUUGUUAUAUUCGUCAUUGGCUAAUAUCGUUACAUUCGUAAUGCAUUUUGUAUAACUCUAUGUGUCCGAUGCGUGAAGUUUGAAACUUUGUUUCAUUUGCAGUCUUGCCAGCACCGCGACCUUAACUCAACUGUUUUAUUUAUGUUAUUGUUUUACAAAUGUCGGCCUAUUCAGUCAUUUUUUUUUUUGCCGGAUGUUGAUCUGUAAAUUUACGUGACAGACGUCAAUAGCCACAAACGUUACCGUUGCAUUGUUGAAUGUGAGUGGUAGUUCGAUAUUUGUGAUGCCUCGCUUAUUUUCUCAAUUCAAUUUUGCUUGUUUUGUGCCCCGACUGCAAUACACUAAGCGAAACCCCUC